AUGCCAGUCUUGACUGAAGUUCAAGCGGUCCGGGCUACAAUGUGCGUCCGUGUUAAAAAGCGCAUCAGCGUAUGUCUCUCAAAUUUCUAUAUACCACGGUCUCUCAAGUUUCCAUAUAUCACUGGUUCUCAAGGUGCUAUAUACGAUAAGAUUCUGAUGCACGGGCAAAUGCAGUGA